AUGGAAGCAACACAGGAAGAUCAAAGUCGCAGUCUUGAAAUUGACGUGGUGGAGCAAAAUGAACCAGGAUUUGACCAGAUCGAAGGGAAGAAAAAUUUCGACGAUGAUGAUGGUUGUCAGAACCAUAAUCUUUGUAGUGAUGAUGUUUCUGUGGAGUCUUGUGAUUCAGGACAGCUCGUAUCUAUCGAGGAAUUUCAAGCACAAGAAGCUUUGAUGUCAUAUCAGCUGAAUAUCGAAGUUUCCAAUUCACAAUUGUUACAAGUAGUAAAUGAUGUCAACACAGAAGUGACUUCAAGUGAAGGCAAUAAUUUGACUUCAGAAAGUGCUGCAUCAGUUCAAUGCAUUUGUCACCGACCAAUAUCACUUAUACAAUGCCUAGCUUGUGGAUCAACUUUUCGGGGUAAUGUUGCGCUUUUAUGCCAGGUCCAUCCGAGAAGAAUCAAUUUGAUGGACUUACGAUUCUGUGCUAAUGCAUCAUGUCGUAGUAUUAAUCUCGUUGAAUAUGAUAAUGAUCCACUGUAA